GCGCCCGAGCCCAACUUGGCGGCGGCCUCGCCCUCUGCCCAGCCCGCUGGUGUCCCCUCCUUCCCGCGAUUUCGUUUCUUCUCACGCUCCCCCCUCCCGCGACCAGCCCCGCUCUCUCCACCUUGUAAAACAAAGCCGGGGAAAAUGCCUGCCCGUGCAGCUCGGAGCGCGCAACCCGACUCUGAAUAAGAAUGGCGGCACCUGAUUUGCUGGAUCCUAAAUCUGCCGCUCAGAACUCCAAACCGAGGCUCUCCUUUUCCACGAAACCCACAGUGCUUGCCUCCCGGGUGGAGAGUGACACGACCAUUAAUGUUAUGAAAUGGAAGACGGUCUCCACGAUUUUCCUGGUGGUUGUCCUCUAUCUGAUCAUCGGAGCCACCGUGUUCAAAGCGUUGGAGCAGCCUCACGAGAUUUCACAGAGGACCACCAUCGUGAUCCAGAAACAAACAUUCAUUUCCCAACACUCCUGUGUCAAUUCGACUGAGCUGGACGAACUCAUCCAGCAAAUAGUGGCAGCAGUAAAUGCGGGAAUUAUCCCUUUAGGAAACACCUCCAAUCAAAUCAGUCACUGGGAUUUGGGAAGUUCCUUCUUCUUUGCUGGCACUGUUAUUACAACCAUAGGAUUUGGAAACAUCUCACCACGCACAGAAGGGGGAAAAAUAUUCUGUAUCAUCUAUGCCUUACUGGGAAUUCCCCUCUUUGGUUUUUUGUUGGCUGGAGUUGGAGAUCAAUUAGGGACCAUAUUUGGAAAAGGAAUUGCAAAAGUGGAAGAUACGUUUAUUAAGUGGAAUGUUAGUCAGACCAAGAUUCGCAUCAUCUCAACAAUCAUAUUUAUCCUGUUUGGCUGUGUACUCUUCGUUGCUCUGCCUGCAAUCAUAUUCAAGCACAUAGAAGGCUGGAGUGCCCUGGACGCCAUUUAUUUUGUGGUUAUCACUUUAACCACCAUUGGAUUUGGUGACUACGUUGCAGGUGGAUCAGAUAUUGAAUAUCUAGACUUCUAUAAGCCUGUCGUGUGGUUUUGGAUCCUUGUAGGGCUGGCUUACUUUGCUGCUGUCCUGAGCAUGAUUGGAGACUGGCUCCGAGUGAUAUCAAAAAAGACAAAGGAAGAGGUGGGAGAGUUCAGAGCCCAUGCUGCUGAGUGGACAGCCAAUGUCACAGCCGAAUUCAAGGAAACCAGGAGGCGGCUGAGUGUGGAAAUUUAUGACAAGUUCCAGCGCGCCACCUCCAUCAAGCGGAAGCUCUCCGCAGAAUUGGCCGGGAACCACAACCAGGAGCUCACUCCUUGUAGGAGGACCCUGUCAGUGAACCACCUAGCCAGCGAGAGGGAUGUCUUGCCUCCCUUACUGAAAACUGAAAGUAUCUAUUUGAACGGAUUGACACCACACUGUGCAGGCGAGGAAAUUGCUGUUAUUGAGAACAUUAAAUAGCCCUCUCUUUGAAGAGCCUUAGGCAUAGCCAUAGGUGAGGACUUCUAUAUGCUCUUUAUGACUGUUGCUGGUAGCAUUUUUAAAAUUGUGCAUGAGCUCCAAAGGGGGAAAAAAUAGAUACACCCAUCAUGGUCAUCUACCAUCAAGAGAGUUUGGAAUUCUGAGCCAGCACUAUAUUUUUGAUGAUGCUUGUUGAACGGUCCACUUUCUUUGAUGAGUGGAAUAAAACAAGCAAUGUCUCAUGCCUUUUUGUGCCCAGACUGUUUGCCUCCCUUUUUUCCUAAUGUGCCAUAAGGCCUCAGAAUGAAUUAUAAUUGUUUCUGGUAAUAAUGUAGCUUUGAGGGAUCAGUCCUUAAUUUUUCAGGGUCUACCUAACUGAGCCUAGAUAUGGACCGUUUAUGGAUGACAACAUGUCUUUUUGUAAAUGACAAGAAAUUCUUAUGCAGCCUUUUACCUAAGAAAUUUUCUGUCAGUGCCUUAUCUUAUGAAGAAACAGAACCUCUCUAGCUAAUGUGUGGUUUCUCCUUCCCGCCCCACCCCUAGGCUCACCUCUGCAGUCCUUUAUCCCACAGCUCCCGUUUGAAUACCGUACCUUGCUGGAAACAGUGUAUAACAUGACCGAAAUGAUGAUGCCCGAAGAAGGAAUAGAUGCCAAAUUAGAUGGACCUUGAAGCAACACUCAGAAACCCUAGUGUUAAAGGCACUGCAGAGAAAUGAGGUGCAAAGGUGGCCCCUCUGAGUAUUUAUUUGACUCAGGUACCAAUGGUACAUAUAUACAGUGUAAUUAUUACCAGGCCGGUGAAAUUGGCUGCUCCCAAACAGUCUCUUUUUUCCUGGCAGUAUUUAGAACUUAUCUUUUAUUAAUAACUAUACGGUUUUUUUAAUAGUGGAAGAAGAAAAUCCACAUAUAUAUAUAUAUAUAUAUAUAAAUGAUCUGACAGAAGAAAACUGUUAAAAAUGGAUAUUUAUUGGAGGUGAUUUAAGACAACUGGUGUGAAUUACCAUUCUGAUGAAAAGAAGAUAGCAGAACAAUGUGUUAUGAACAUUUGCUAAUAAACAUUAUACUGCCAGCAUCUAUUCGCUUUUUGAUGUAUGAAAGGCUUAUAUGAUUUUUUCCCGUGGGGACUUUUGCCAGACCAGAGGAGGUGAUGUGGCAGUCAGAGCUGGGCACAGUCCUAGCCUUCUGUGGGUGUACCUCUGCAGUUGUGGCUGAAUGUGGGAGCAGAAGUUGCAACUGGGAUCACUGUGAUUUUGCACAUGGAAAAAUGCAGAUUGCAGGCAUAAUUCAUCUCUGACAUUAGAGAAAAAGCUGUAAUAGCACAAUUGACAUUUUGAGAGCUUUUUUUUUUUUUUUUAGAUAGAAAAGGCUGAUAAUCCUUUUUAGUUUAAUUUUAUAUCCUGUAACUCUUUGGAUGUUUCCAAGAUUCAGAACAAAUUCAGUAAAGGCACCUAGUGGAUUGCUACUCUUUCUUUUAUUUUCAUACUUAGAUCUACUGUACAUUGUAUAUAUAAUUUUUAAAAUGCAGAAAGAAAAUGAUUUCCCUAAAUAUAGUUGCAAAACAUUUCUUUUACUCUUGGGGGGUAUCUGAAUAAGCGGCAUUCAGAUUAGGGUCUAAGAAAACCAGGAUCUUAAAAAACAACAACUUAACAGAUGCUUAUUUUCCAAAAUUUAAAUUUAAGCUAGAAAUGUAAAUAUUCAGUUAACUUGUGAAGGUACUUUUAUAAACUUAAAAAAUUCUAACCAAAAUUUUAGAGUCAGGCUCUUUUAAAAAGAAAGCUAAACCCAUUUCCUCAAGAACUGUUCUGCAAGUUCCUAUGGUGGAAUGCACCAUGUAUAAACUGUGAAUUGUAUUGACAAAUAAAGUUUGUAAUUAAAGUCAGCAUUUUCAAAGUCUCCUGCUUGCUGCUGAGAAUUGAGGUCUGAUUCUGGCUAAGAAGAACUCCAGGAUGUCACUUUUCAUGCUGAGUUUUUUGUGGCUCCUUCACUCACAAUAUACAAGAAAUAUUUUUGAUGCGGUAUUACUAACCUUGUUAAAUACAUGCAGAAUAUUCUUCUUGGUGGCUGUUAAUCAAAAGUAAAUAUCCUGAAAUUUCAUUUUUUGAAAUAUGAUAUUUUAAAUAGCAUAUAGAUUCAAGAUAGUUUCUAUUAAAUCACAACAUAUCAAUAUCUUAUCGUAUCAUUGUUAGACCUUGUCUUGAUGUUGAAGUAAUCUGAAUGCAGAACACAGGCACCUGAAGAUUCUUGUAAAAAAAGCAAACAUCCUGGCAAUGUUGAAGUCUAAAGAAGGUAGUUGGCAACUAGUCUUCUAGACCUCAUACUGCAAAUAUUUGGACUAUGUACCUUGUCAGUAUCUCACAUGAAUUUAUUUUUUCAUUCCCAAGCACCUUGAGGCUCAGUAAGUGUCCUAAAACUGGUCCCCAACAUUAUCCUCAGGAUUGGGGAAGAGCUAAGACACCAUGCAUAUUAUAUCAAUUUUGUUUUCUCCAGCUUUAUUUUGUUUACUUCUUGUAGAGAGAACAUUAAUAAAGAUUCUAACGUAGUCUAGAAUUUUCUAGUGAGUUUAUUUUUUCAUUGGACCAGUUUAAGAGUGAGUAGUUUUUCCCUGAAGGAUAUUUGAAAAAAAAUUAAGUGCUAGAACCAGCAAGGAUCAGAAAUUCUGAUCUGAAAUCUUAGAUGUGAAUUCUCUCUAUCUCCUUUACAACUAUUAAAUGUAAAAGUGAUUAUUUUGGAGUUCUUUCAGUUUCUUACAUAAAUCUCUAUACUUUGCUACAUAGUUCAUACCACACACCCUUUUUUUUUUCGCCAAUAAUAUUUCACUCUUGCAAUGCAGGGAAAAGUUAAACUUCUAAAGCCAAGGGGGAAUUGAAUAAUUUGUGUCUUGGUCUUCAAAAAAAUGAGGGGGCAGUGUGUAGGGCUUUGUCGCUUUCUCAAAUUCUGAGGAACAUGUGACAUAUAAGAAAGACCAAAUCCCACCUCACUUUGUGUAAAAAAUUCUGUAGAAUCCUAUGAUUCUUAAGGCCAGAAGUUCAAACAGACUAAGGGAAGUUUUAGAUGGAAUACCGAGAAAACAAAUUUAGACUUUCUGCGAACUUGAAAUAGCUGUUUAUGUCUAAGAACUGGAGGCCUAGAUCAACUUUUAUUUUUGUUUUCCUUUUUUAAAAUAAAUGUUUGCUGUUCUAGUGAAAUCAUAACUUAUUUGUGGUUUGCAUUCCUUAUUAAAAUGUGAGUAUAAAUUUGCUUUUGUAAAAAGUAAAAGAUGUCUCUAUUUGAAUACU